GAGGGGGCGCCCUGACUCCUUGCAGAGGCAGCACUCCAACUGGGACCAGAGCCUCCCUCUCUGUGUCUCCGUUCGCGACGCCGCUUUUCCUCCCUUGCGACCCCCGCUCCUGCCCCCUGGCAUGGCUCUAUGGCAGCGGAUGGGGGCCGGUGCCCGCCUGGGCACGGGGCUGUGGCAUGUCCUGCUGGCCGGCACCCUCCUCACCAGCCACAUUCCUCCCAACGAUGCCCAGCAAAGUGCCACAGUGCCCAUCCCUGUGCCUGGCUCCUCCUCUGACCUGCUCCCUCACUUCCUGCUGGAACCUGAGGAUGUUUACAUUGUCAAGAAUAAACCAGUGACAUUGGCCUGCAAGGCUGUGCCUGCCACCCAGAUUUACUUCAAGUGCAAUGGCGAGUGGGUGCACCAGGGAGACCACAUCAUACAACGCAGCAAGGACAAAAGCACUGGCCUGCCCCUCAUGGAGGUACGGAUUGACAUCUCACGGCAGCAAGUGGAGAAGAUCUUUGGCUUGGAAGAGUACUGGUGCCAGUGUGUUGCGUGGAGCACUUCUGGCACUACCAAGAGCCAGAAAGCAUAUGUGCGCAUUGCUUAUCUGCGGAAGAACUUUGAGCAGGAGCCUCUGGCCAAAGAGGUCUCUAUUGAGCAGGGUAUUGUGCUACCUUGCCGCCCUCCAGAGGGGAUCCCACCAGCUGAAGUUGAGUGGCUACGCAAUGAAGAGCUCGUGGACCCAGCCUUGGACCCCAAUUUCUACAUCACUCUGGAGCACAGCCUGGUACUGAAGCAGGCCCGCCUGGCUGACACGGGCAAUUAUACCUGCGUGGCCAAAAACAUUGUGGCUCGUCGCCGAAGCUCACCUGCUGCCGUUACUGUUUAUGUGAAUGGUGGCUGGUCGACGUGGACGGACUGGUCAGCCUGCAGUACCAGCUGUGGACGGGGCUGGCAGAAGCGGAGCCGGAGCUGCACCAACCCAACGCCACUCAACGGGGGGGCCUUCUGUGAGGGUCAGAAUGUGCAGAAAAGUUCCUGCGCCACCCUGUGCCCAGUGCCUGGAGGUUGGGCAUCCUGGAGCAUGUGGUCUGUGUGCGGUGCAGACUGUACACACUGGCGUAGUCGUGAGUGCUCAGAUCCCGUGCCCCGAAACGGUGGGGAUGAAUGCCAGGGGCCUGAACUGGAGACCCGCAACUGCACCAGUGAACUGUGUUCUCAUGGAACUGGUGGAUCUGAGGAUGUGGCUCUGUAUGUCGGCUUGAUUGCUGUGGCUGUCUGCUUGGUGCUUCUGCUUCUGGUGGUGACCCUUGUCUAUUGCCGUAAGAAAGAAGGCCUGGAUUCUGAUGUGGCUGAUUCUUCUAUCCUCACAGCUGGCUUCCAGCCAGUCAGCAUCAAGCCCACCAAAGCAGAUAACUCCCACUUGCUCACUAUCCAGCCUGAUCUGAGCACCACCACCAUGACCUAUCAAGGCUCGCUAUGCCCACGUCAAGAUGGACCCAGCAAGUUCCAGAUUGGUAAUGGGCACCUGCUGAGCCCUUUGGGGAGUGGACGCCACACCCUCCACCACAGCUCCCCCAGUGCUGACCCAGUGGACUUCGUCUCACGAUUCUCUACCCAGAGUUUCUUCCGCUCUUUGCCAAGGGGUGGUGCCAACAUGGCUUAUGGAACCUUCAACUUCCUAGGUGGACGUUUAAUGAUACCCAAUACAGGUGUCAGCUUGCUUAUCCCACCUGAUGCCAUCCCACGGGGGAAGAUCUAUGAAAUCUACCUGACACUGCACAAGCAAGAGGAUGUCAGGCUGCCUCUUGCUGGCUGUCAGACUCUUCUGAGCCCCAUUGUCAGCUGUGGCCCUCCAGGGGUCCUGCUCACCAGACCUGUCAUCCUAGCCAUGGAUCAUUGUGUGGAGCCCAACCCUGAGACAUGGAGUCUCCGACUCAAGAAGCAAUCAUGCGAGGGCACAUGGGAGGAUGUGCUGCAUUUGGGUGAACCAGCUUCCUCCGAACUCUACCACUGCCAGCUGGAGCCUCAGGCUUGCUUCAUCUUCACUGAGCAGCUGGGCCGCUUUGCACUGGUGGGGGAAUCCCUGAGUAUGGCUGCAUCAAAACGCCUCAAACUGGUUCUGUUUGCACCCACAACAUGUACUGGACUGGAAUAUGAUGUCCGUGUGUACUGCCUCAGUGACACCCGGGAUGCACUCAAGGAAGUGGUACAAGUAGAGAAGCAGAUGGGAGGACAGCUGAUUGGUGCACCACGGAUUCUGCACUUCAAGGACAGUUACCACAACCUGCGCCUCUCCAUUCAUGAUGUGCCCAGCUCACUGUGGAAGAGCAAGCUCCUUGUCAGCUAUCAGGAGAUUCCUUUCUAUCACCUUUGGAGUGGGUUGCAACCAUAUUUGCACUGCACCUUCACAUUGGAACGACUCAGCACUAGCACUUGCCAGCUGGCUUGCAAAAUCUGGAUCUGGCAAGUGGAGGGCGAUGGGCAGAGCUUCAAUAUUGACUUCAACAUUGCCAAGGAUGCUCGGUUCUCGGAUUGGCUGCCCCCAGACAAUGAGGCUGGCUCCCCUGCCCUGGUGGGCCCCAGUGCCUUCAAGAUCCCUUUCCUCAUCCGCCAGAAGAUCAUAAGCAGCUUGGAUGCACCAGGGACUCGAGGGGCUGACUGGAGAGCAUUAGCUCAGAAGUUGCACCUUGACAGCCAUCUCAACUUCUUUGCUUCGAAACCCAGCCCAACAGCCAUGAUCUUGAACUUAUGGGAGGCACGUCACUUCCCCAAUGGGAACCUCAACCAGCUGGCUGCUGCUGUGGCCGAAGUGGGCAAGCAGGACAGCUCCCUCUUUAUGGUUUCAGAGGCUGAGUGUUAAGGCACUCAGAGGGGCAGCACAGGCUUUCACUGGGGGAUGACAGGAGGCAUCUCCAUUUGAAGAGGACAAUGCUUUCAACACUCAUCCUGCUUUGAAUAGGCUUGUGUUCCCCAUCUGAGGCAUACUGGCCUCAUGCCCUCUAUUCCUUGUGCCAAAUACAGCCAGAAAGAAAGCACAUUGGUCUUAGUCUCCAGUAGCCAUGGAAGCAGCUACUACAUGCCUGCCCUCCCAGCACUAAGGAAGCUCGGGGACUGGCUGGAGAAGGCCUGUCCUUUCUACUGGCACUGGCAAUAGAUUCUGGUAAAGUGUCUGGCUUGCUCAUACAUCCAGCACUCUCUUUUACCUCCUCAUGGGGACACGAGGGCAGGGAGAUGGCAAGCAGAGUGCUCAUUGUGAGUGGCCCGGACAAACAGGUAAGCUUUGAUCUUGGAGCUGAGGUGUCUGUGUCCCUCUCACUGCAGUCCCAUGUAGGAAGUCCCAUGCUGUGGUGAAGUAGAAAGUGAGGGGGGAAAGCUCAGGGUCAUUCCAGAGCCAUCUCUGUAUAGUGGGGUUUUGUUUCUUUUGUUUUUUCUAGCCCAAGAGAGACCCAAGGCCCAGGCCUAUGGGACAGCCCAGGUGUGGGUGGCUUGCAGACACUGGGCACCCUAGGAGACAAGAGAGCGACAUGCAAUGUAGGCAGAGGGCAGCCCAGGGCUAAGGGCCAGGCUGUCCUGAAUGACUGGAUCUGUGCCUCCUUAGUCUUUGCCGAGUGUAUAUGCAAAGGGAAUUGUGCGUGUGCGUGGCAGUCCAAUCCGUGCAGUGAACAUGUGCUGGACCAGGAGGGUCCGUGCCGUAUUGUGUAAAGAUCGUUUUUUAUUCUGUAUUCAAGUGCAUUCAAGUAUUUACACUUGGCCUUAUGUACAUAUAAGCAUCCCGCACAAUGUUUUGGCGGGCACGAAUGUAAAUAAAUUAUAUAUAUAUAUUGCUA